AUGGGAAGGACUAAAGGACUGACUACAGGUCUAGACAUGAGCAUAGGUGAGCAAUCCCUGGAACUGGCGCCUAGCUCAAUCGACUCCGUUCUUCUAGCUGCACACGCUGGCCGCAGCGGAAGUGCCUCUAGCACUUCCAAGAAGUUCAACGAUAAACCUAUUCCAAUCGACCUUACCGGGUCGUCUUCCAGAAAGCGACGGGCAGCCGAUCAUGAGUCAGACGAAGACCUCUCGGGGGUCCUCAAUGCACCGACCAAACCACCGACGAGCGCUCUUCCCGGCAUUCCGUGGCAAUAG